AUGGCUUCCCACAGCCAGCCCGAACAGCACGAUGCUCCUGCGGGCGCUGCCAAUGCAGUGCUCAAGCCGUCGGACCCCGUGCCGGCAGGCGCGGUGCCCGUCAAAGGGCUAGAUUUUGAUGCAUUUGCGGAUCGCAAUGUCACAGUCGCCGAGCUGGUGGAAAAUCUGGCCAAUGUGGGGUUCCAAGCGACGUCGAUAGGACAGGCCGUCGAUAUAGUCAAUGGCAUGCGGACCUGGCGCGAUGCAGAGACCGGAGAAAAAACUACCAUCUUCCUGGGAUACACCUCGAACUUAAUCUCAUCGGGCCUGCGCGAGACGCUCAGAUGGCUCGUACAACACAAGCACGUCUCCGCCAUCGUAACGACGGCCGGUGGCGUUGAGGAAGACUUCAUCAAAUGUCUUGGGAACACUUAUCUCGGGUCAUUCGAGCAGCCUGGAGCGGCACUGCGUGCCAAAGGCAUGAACCGCAUCGGUAACCUGCUUGUUCCAAAUGACAACUAUUGCCAUUUUGAGGACUGGGUCAUGCCAAUUCUCAAUAAAAUGCUCGAGGAGCAGGAAGAAUCGAGGACUUCAGAACAACCAUUGAGCUGGACACCCAGCAAAGUCAUUGCUCGCCUCGGAAAGGAGAUCAACGACGAAAGCUCCGUGUACUACUGGGCGUGGAAGAACGACAUUCCAGUAUUUUGCCCGGCACUCACAGAUGGAAGCCUUGGUGACAUGCUUUACUUUCACACCUUCAAGUCAUCGCCGCAGCAGCUCCGGAUCGACAUUGUGGAAGAUAUUCGGAAAAUCAACACUCUCGCGGUACGCGCGAAGCGGACCGGCAUGAUCAUUCUUGGCGGAGGCGUUGUGAAGCACCACAUUGCGAAUGCGAAUCUGAUGCGCAACGGCGCGGAAAGCGCAGUUUACAUCAACACCGGCCAGGAGUUUGAUGGUUCAGAUGCCGGAGCUAGGCCCGACGAGGCCAUCAGCUGGGGCAAGAUCAAAGCCGAUGCAGCGAGUGUCAAGGUGUAUGCUGAAGCUACCAUCGCCUUCCCUCUCAUCGUCGCCGCAACCUUUGCCAAAGUCGAGAAGAACGGCAGCGCGCCAUGAAAAUCAACCAGUGAGGGAUCUUGAGUGGCAGCGCCGAAUCGCGCUUGUGCAAGGCACCUUUUUGACACUCCAGGCCGACGUGCAUAAGCGCGACUGCGCGAUUGACGUGGUCAAGUCGCGGACAUGGGGCCGCCCGUGGGAGUCAUCGCAUCCACGUCGCAUGACGCGGCUGCAUUACAUUCUAGGUUUCGCCGCCCCACUGCACUAGCGCCUCGGACCCUUCAUGCAGC